GCUCGGUCGUUUGUUUACGUCACGGCCAGCCUCCGCCCAGACCCUGACAACCAGACAGCCUUGGACCUUCUACUAUUACUACUACGUUCUAUCCUCCCACCCAUGAAUUUUAAGUGUUGCCCGAGUGUGAGGAGCGUUUAUCAGGACAACCACUGAAGGCUGAGUGUGGGGAGCGUUUAUCAGACUGGUGACGCCUCAGAGGAAGAAUGUGGCAAGUCAUGUAUUCAACUCAGCUGCUCCACACAAAAGCGGCAUUUCAGCAUCUCAUUACAAAGGGGGUUCGAGGCAUUGCAGUUACAGCAAAAAGUUAUCAGCACCCCGGGCCACAGUCACCAGAGAGUUAUGUCGACAGAUCUCGAAGAGAUACUUUGGAGGAUCUGAAACAAAGUUACGAAUUCAGUUUUCUCGGUCAAAGCUUGGAGGUUUCACACAGACUCCUCCUCACCAAGAGAAUCCUUUCACCAACAAUGCUUUCCUGACAUCCUAUCUUACUCGAGUGCUGCCUCAGCAAGUUCAAGAUGACAUCUGGAGUGACCUGACAAGAUUUGGGAAGAGAGCUGUGGUGGAUAUUUAUCCUUUAGGGAGAGAAUGUGAGCUGAACCAGCCGUAUGUGAGAACGUUUGAUGCCUGGGGAAACAGAACUGAUGAAUUAGUAACAUGCCAAGCCUGGAAGGAUCUCAAGAAAGUAUCUGCUGAAGAGGGCCUCAUAGCAACUGCUUAUGAGGGAAAGUAUGGACCUUAUGAUCGCCUCUAUCAGAUGGUGAAGCUGUUCCUCUUCUCCCCUAUUUCGGGCCUCUACUCCUGUCCCUUGGCAAUGACAGAUGGAGCAGCAAAAACAGCAGUGAUGAUAAAGUCUCCCAGCCUUCAAGAUGCUUAUCAGCAUCUUACUUCACGUGACCCUCAACAAUUUUGGACUUCAGGCCAGUGGAUGACAGAGAAGAGAGGUGGCUCGGAUGUGGCUGGCUCAACGGAGACAGUUGCAGUGGAACAACUUGAUGGCUCACACAAGCUGUUUGGCUACAAGUGGUUCAGCUCUGCCACAGACUCUGAUAUGUCGCUCACCUUGGCAAAUAUCAUCUCUGAGGAUCAGCCUGAGCCAAAGCCUCGAGGACUGACAAUGUUUUACUUAGAAACAAGAAAGGAGGAUGGAAAGCUGAAUGGAAUAGAGAUUGUUAAGUUGAAGAAUAAGUUAGGCACCCGACAACUGCCCACGGCAGAACUCCUGCUGGAUGGCACCGUAGCCCACCAGGUGAGUGCCGAGGGCCGGGGCAUCGCCUCCAUCGCCAACAUGCUGACCAUCACCAGGAUGCACAACUCAAUUUCUGCGGCAGCAGUGAUGAGAAGGAUUUUGCAACUUGCUCGGGACUACAGUCAGCGCCGGUCAGCCUUUGGGCAAAGAGUGGAGUCUCAUGUCCUGCACCAGUUGACAGCCUCCAGAAUGGAGGUCAUCACAAGAGGGUGUGAAAUAUUUACUCUACACCUGGCAGGACUUUUAGGAAAAGAGGAAGCAGGUGUUGCUUCUUCCGAAGAGUCUUUAGUGCUUCGGACUUUGACCCCCAUAAUGAAGCUAUUCACUGCCAAGAAGGCCAUGGAGAUAGUCUCUGAGGGUCUGGAGUGUUUUGGAGGACAAGGCUACAUUGAGGACACUGGCUUGCCCUCACACCUGCGUGAUGCUCAGGUUCUGCCAAUUUGGGAAGGGACAACAAACAUAAUGUCCCUGGAUUUCCUACGAGCUGUGACCAAAAGCAACGGUGAAGCCCUGACUGUCUUACAUGAAGAUAUUCAUGGUCGUCUUGAGCAGGCAAGGCAAAGCAAAGGACCCAGCGAUUUAGAAGACUCGUGCCAUAAGGUGAUGCAAGUCUUAGGCAGUCUCACAAAGUUCCUCCAGAAUCACCCUCACCUUGUUCAGGUGGCUGCACGUGACAUUGCCAACACUAUUGCUCAUAUCUAUAUUGGUAGCCUUCUCAUUGACCAUGCAGCUUGGGAGAAGAGUGCCUCCAGUCUUCAGGCAGCCAAAAUGUGGUGCCAACAACCUCUUGACUUCCUCGCACCAGAUCAAUACAUGGUUGACAACAGCACACUAGCUAUGGAAGGUUAUAACGGUAGUGAAGUCUAUGGUCCUAUGUUUUAAGGCAAGGUGAAGUUGGGAGCAUACAGUAUAGCUGUGCGUGGCAGCGAUGUUCAUCACAGUCUCGUUGGCCCUCUGAGUCUAUGGUGGGAAACCCAUUAACCCAACACAGGGCCAGUGUAACAUCUGGGUUACCACUGUUUACCUUCCCUAGGUUUCCCAAGGUACCCUUUUAUCAACCAUCUUGAAAGGAAGGAUGAACAGCUAGGUGGGCUGCAUGCUGACUGUCCAAGCUGGAAUUUCAAUCCAGGCUCACAGAUGUGUAGUUAGGGACACUAACCGCUGCACCGUGGAGGCGUAUGCUUUAGUUCAUAUUGCAGUUGUAGAACUUUAAUCUUUUAACCAGUAACUAUUACUUUCUGCAGUUAUCAUGUAUCUACAGUAUGCUCUGUGUAGUAAGAGGUGAUUACUAGGGAUGUAGCUCCAGUGAUACUGGAGGGUGAGGGUAAAGAUUGUUCCCAUUCAACUAAUUUAGACUAGAAUGCCAAUACUGAAAAUGCUCAAAUUUCCCUAUUGAUGCCAUCUUAUCCAAGAAAAUAAAGUUGCCAAUUACCCAAGAAAUAUUAAGUCAGGUGCAAAGGCUUCAUGCUUAAACUAAAGUUUAUGGCAGCUGUAUAGAAUUAGUGUUAAUUUGUUACAUUAAUUUGUAAUCAGCCAUAUAUUUUUUUAUGAAAUACAAUUUUACAUAUGAAGUUUAGUGUGUAAGGGAAUAUUUUCCUGAGGUGACAAUACUAAGGAUGAAAUACUUGUGCAAAAAAUGAAAUAAUUGUGCAAAAUUAGUUCCUAAAUCCAUGAAAGAUAUAUUUUUACAUAUAGUUUUAUAACCGUAUUAAUAGACUUGGAGCUGUGUCCAAUAAAUGUGUGAUCAACAA